AUGUUUAAUCCAUUACAAAGAAAAAAACAGAACAACGUUUUUUUUAUAAAAAAAAAAUAUUCUGAACAAUUCCUCCUACAAUCGAUUGUUCUCACUGAUGCUCGUGUUCAAUUCACUACUACUACUACUACUACUACUACUACUACUACUACUACUACUACUACUACUACUACUACUACUACUACUACUACUACUACUACUACUACUACUACUACUACUACUACUACUACUACUACUACUACUACUACUACUACUACUACUACUACUACUACUACUACUACUACUACUACUACUACUACUACUACUACUACUACUACUACUACUACUACUACUACUACUACUACUACUACUACUACUACUACUACUACUACUACUACUACUACUACUACUACUACUACUACUACUACUACUACUACUACUACUACUACUACUACUACUACUACUACUACUACUACUACUACUACUACUACUACUACUACUACUACUACUACUACUACUACUACUACUACUACUACUACUACUACUACUACUACUACUACUACUACUACUACUACUACUACUACUACUACUACUACUACUACUACUACUACUACUACUACUACUACUACUACUACUACUACUACUACUACUACUACUACUACUACUACUACUACUACUACUACUACUACUACUACUACUACUACUACUACUACUACUACUACUACUACUACUACUACUACUACUACUACUACUACUACUACUACUACUACUACUACUACUACUACUACUACUACUACUACUACUACUACUACUACUACUACUACUACUACUACUACUACUACUACUACUACUACUACUACUACUACUACUACUACUACUACUACUACUACUACUACUACUACUACUACUACUACUACUACUACUACUACUACUACUACUACUACUACUACUACUACUACUACUACUACUACUACUACUACUACUACUACUACUACUACUACUACUACUACUACUACUACUACUACUACUACUACUACUACUACUACUACUACUACUACUACUACUACUACUACUACUACUACUACUACUACUACUACUACUACUACUACUACUACUACUACUACUACUACUACUACUACUACUACUACUACUACUACUACUACUACUACUACUACUACUACUACUACUACUACUACUACUACUACUACUACUACUACUACUACUACUACUACUACUACUACUACUACUACUACUACUACUACUACUACUACUACUACUACUACUACUACUACUACUACUACUACUACUACUACUACUACUACUACUACUACUACUACUACUACUACUACUACUACUACUACUACUACUACUACUACUACUACUACUACUACUACUACUACUACUACUACUACUACUACUACUACUACUACUACUACUACUACUACUACUACUACUACUACUACUACUACUACUACUACUACUACUACUACUACUACUACUACUACUACUACUACUACUACUACUACUACUACUACUACUACUACUACUACUACUACUACUACUACUACUACUACUACUACUACUACUACUACUACUACUACUACUACUACUACUACUACUACUACUACUACUACUACUACUACUACUACUACUACUACUACUACUACUACUACUACUACUACUACUACUACUACUACUACUACUACUACUACUACUACUACUACUACUACUACUACUACUACUACUACUACUACUACUACUACUACUACUACUACUACUACUACUACUACUACUACUACUACUACUACUACUACUACUACUACUACUACUACUACUACUACUACUACUACUACUACUACUACUACUACUACUACUACUACUACUACUACUACUACUACUACUACUACUACUACUACUACUACUACUACUACUACUACUACUACUACUACUACUACUACUACUACUACUACUACUACUACUACUACUACUACUACUACUACUACUACUACUACUACUACUACUACUACUACUACUACUACUACUACUACUACUACUACUACUACUACUACUACUACUACUACUACUACUACUACUACUACUACUACUACUACUACUACUACUACUACUACUACUACUACUACUACUACUACUACUACUACUACUACUACUACUACUACUACUACUACUACUACUACUACUACUACUACUACUACUACUACUACUACUACUACUACUACUACUACUACUACUACUACUACUACUACUACUACUACUACUACUACUACUACUACUACUACUACUACUACUACUACUACUACUACUACUACUACUACUACUACUACUACUACUACUACUACUACUACUACUACUACUACUACUACUACUACUACUACUACUACUACUACUACUACUACUACUACUACUACUACUACUACUACUACUACUACUACUACUACUACUACUACUACUACUACUACUACUACUACUACUACUACGUGUAACUAUUAUUGUUAUUAUUAUCAUGAUAUUUCCUUGUAA